UACCGUUGCCGAGAAUUAGGGACAUGUGACCGGACGAAGGGCAAAGGGAGGAGAGCGCAUGCGCGCCGUGGGUUGAGAACGCGCUGUGUGGAAGCGGCCUGGCGCCGUUUCCUUUUCCUGCGCCGAGGAAGAGGAGGAGGAGGAGGGGGAGGAAGGCCUUGCGUCGUACGCGCCACGGAGGCGCCCAGGGCCGCCGUCUCCAUGCAGAGUCAAUAACGGCUAGGCCUCACCCGAAGGCCUCUCUCUCUCUCUGUCUGUGAGGUUGUCUUUCUUGAGCAGAAAUGAAGAAUAAAAACCAAUGUAAGCAGAAUGGAGAAGAUGAGAAACAUGAAGAUACAGAAGGUAAAGAGAAUGAAGAAAAUUGUUCCCAUUCUUUGAGCAUUUCACCUGAUGAAGAUGACAGGUGUCCCAUCUGUCUAAAUGGUCUAGCGGAGCAGGAAGUUGGUUUCCCUGAAAACUGCAGCCACGUUUUCUGUCUGACCUGCAUCCUUAAAUGGGCUGAAACUAGAGCUUCCUGUCCUGUUGACCGCAAACAGUUCCAAGCUGUUUAUACACUAAAUGCUUUGAAAGACUGUAUAAAAAUUCAGAUAAAGCAACAAGUAAUCAGAAAAGAUGACCUGCUUUGCUGCAGUAAGGGCAGGCAUUGUCCUAUGGAUAUGAAAAACCAUACAAGAAAACAAGAAAAUGUAGAGAAAAAACCUUUAUCAGCAGUCUCCUGCAAAGGCUGGAACCAAAAACACAAUUCUCCAAAUGAGGAGGAAGCUAAACACUCUGCGAAGAAAAAUAAGCCCAGACGACAGACCUGCUUAAACAGAGUCAUCAGAAGUAGCUUCCAUGAUAGAUUUUCUUCUAAUAAUACUUUCCUUGGAGAAUCUUCUUACUAUGAACACGAGUGUGUGGAGAUCAGCAAAAUUGACACAGUUAUUGGACACAAGAGAAGAGAGCUGGAGCUGUCAUGUUCCAUGCUAGCUAGACUGGCAAGAAUUCCUUCUUUAUGCUGUGAAGCAGAAAUGGCAGCCUGUCUUCUGAUUUCAACUGUCAUUAUGGGAACUGACUUUUCAAUAAGUACUACGCCUUUGGAAAACUUUGGAUCAUCAGAAAGGGGACAUGUUGUUACAUACGUCAGGGAAGGAGAAGAGAAAAAACAAACUUCUGGUACAGCUGGCACAAGAGGCUCAAGGAGGAAGGUUUCCGAUACUGCUCCUAGAAGAAGAUCUGCUCGAAAUAUUAAAACAGAAACUUUGAAUCAAUCUCAGAGUUCACCAAAAUCAGGCAAUUCUGGCUGUGAAGCCAGUGGCGAUGGUGACUCAUUUGUGAAUGCUUCUGGUGAAGAGUCUGAGAAAUUACCUCCAAAACGGAAGGCUAAAAGGGGAGUAAAACAGCAGGAACCUUUUGUUAAAAAGAAACUCAGAAGUUCUGGACGCUAUGGAAAAACAUCUAGUGAUGCAGUAGAAGUUGAAGAAUCUGAUGAGACAAAGAUAACUCUGCUACUAGAUAAAGGCAGUUUACCAGAGAGUAAAAAUAGCACUUCUGGCUUUAGUCAGGAAAGUGAUGUGGAGUCUCAGUCUGCUAAUGGCUUAGAAAACUCCAAAAACUGUGUAGAAUGUAAAGAGGAGCCCCAAAAAGACCUUGGUGAAGGGCAUGACAUCUUGGACAUCAUAGACACUGACUCGUGUACUCAAGAUCCUCCUGUGCUCACCUUAGAGGAGGACAUUGCUUCUUGUGCUCAAGAUCCCCCUUUGCUUACUCUAGAGGGAGAUUGUGAAAAAUGUGAAGCAAAGGCUGAUACUCUAUAUGACGAUACUUCAUUCUAUAAGAGUAGUGUUGAUCAAAUAGACCAACCUUUACUAAGUAUUUUGGAUGAAGAAUUAGGUGAUGAAACUGUAACACUUACUCAUCAGCCUAAAGAAUUAUAUAGUCCUGCAAAUGAAUUGCCUACAAAUGAAGUGGAAUCUGUGGUAAUAACAGAAAAGCCUUUAGAUAGUCCAGGGGAUGAAUUGUUGGAGAAAUCAGAAUGUGUGCUAGUCAGUCCUACAAAAGCAAUGUCUACAAAUGAACUGGAACCUGCUUCAAUAACAGAAGAGCCUUUGGAUAGUCCAGGGGGUGAAUUGUUGAACAAAUCAGGAUGUGUCUUAGAACCAGGUGAUGUGUUGGUUGCUCCUGGAAAUGACUUAGUGGAGGAAGCUGUAGACGUGGUAGUAACAGACAAAUCAUUGUCAGGUACUGCAAAUAAAUUCCCAGAGGAACUGGGAUCCAUAGCAGUAGCUUCUGAGCUUAUGACUGGUUCUAGAAAUGAGUUGUUGAGGGAAACAGAACCUUUAGCAGCAGAAGAUACAUUGGUGAGACCUGUGAGUGAAAUCUCAGAGAGGCCACUAUCUGUUCAUUCUUUUAAUAAAUUGCCAGAAGGAAAAGAAUUUGAGGUGAUAGUUGAGGAACCAUUAGAUAACUCUGCAAAUGAAUUAAAGAAACUUCCAGUGUCAUUAGAAGAAGAAGAUGCUAAAAGUGAAGAAGAAGCAAUUAGAACUUUAGAUCAUAAAACUCCUGAGGGAACUGAUGUAUUAUUAAAUAUUUCUUCAGAAGAGCAACUUGAGAUACCUGUAGAAAAGAUUAGUGAAGAAUCUAGAGCCAAUGCUUUGUCCAAUAUAUGUACUCAAGAAAUAAAACAUUUUAGUGAAGAUAAUACUGAGAUAGUAGCUAUGGAGUGUGACUCAUUCAGCAGUGAUCAGACUGACUCUCAGAUAGACCAGCCAUUAAUGAUUGAGUGUCUAAAGCAAGAGACAAAUUCUGUGAUACAUGACACUGAACAGUCUACAUCAUUUUCAAGUCUUUCUGACAAGAAAGAAGAAACAGAAAGCUCCAUAGAAAUUAAAAAAGAUAAAAAGAUUCGAGUUAGAAGGUCAAGAUUUCACUCUCCAUCAACAACUUGGUCUCCCUCCAAAAGGGAGGGGAAAAGAUCUCAGUCUCCAUCUCCCAAAAGGGAAAUUGUGUCUGAAAGCAGAAUGUCUCGGUCUCCCAAAAGAGAUACUUGCAAAGAAGGGCAACAGUCUCUAUCACAAUCUCCAAGAAAAGAUCCUCUGAUAGAUGAGAUGAGAUCUUUACCUGGUUCUCCAAAAAGAGAUCUUUCAGAAGGAGUAUCUCCAUCCACUUCACCAAAAAGAGAUCUGAUAGAAGGGAGGAGAUCACCACCCAGUUCUCCAAAAAGAAAUUCUCUGAGAGAAGAGAGGAAGUCUCCACCUUGUUCUCCACAAAGGGAUCCACGGAGAGAAGGGAGGAGGUCCUGGGUACAAGCCAAGGAAUCUUCUCCAAGGCACAAAUGUAGAUCACAAAGUAGGGACAGAGAGAGUGAUAAAGAUGGGCUUAGAAGAGAUCAUGAAAGAGAGAGAAGUAGAAGGAGAUGGUCACAGUCACGUUCAAGAUCUCGAUCUCGUUCUCGUUCUCGUUCCCGGACAAGAAGCAAAGGUCCAUCAUUCCCUAGAAAUGAGAGAAAUAGCUAUUCACCUCCCAGAUGGAAGGAACGGUGGACCAAUGAUAGCUGGAGAGAUCCCAGAGGAAAUGAUAGAUAUAAAAGAAAUGAACAGGAGAAACAUACUGAAAGUAUGAAAAGAGAGAGGGACAAUGCAAGCAAAGAUGCUGACAAGCAGAGUUCUGAACAGUAUAGAAAAGAUUAUCCAGAUUGGGUAAUGGAAAGGAUAAAUUCAGUUCCAGAAACAAGGAACAGAGAUAGAGAAACAUUUAAAAGCCAACCGUGGGAAGAAAACAGACACAAUAAUUCAGGGCCUCCAUGGAAUAGAAGCUUUGGAUCAGGUUGGAAUUCAAAUCGUGGCAGGGGUGGCCGUGGAAGGGGCGGCCGUGGCAGAGGUGGCUUUAUGUGUGGAGAACAGGCUGAAAAUCGCUGGCAAAGCAGGAAGCCCCACUCAGGGAAUUCAGAUAAUGCUGGACAUGAAAGUUCAAGAUUUACAGAGCAUCAACCAUAUAAACGAAAGCCAGAACAGGAUUUCUCCUUUGAUACACCAGCUGAUAGGUCUGGAUGGACAUCUGCAUCAAGCUGGGCUGUAAGAAAGACUUUACCAGCAGAUGUACAGAAUUAUUAUUCAAAAAGAGGAAGAAAUUCUUCAAGCCCACAGUCUGCCUGGACAAAAGAAGAAGUAACUUCUGAGCAAGAUCCAAAUUUCAAAGACCAAGGUAGCCAACAAAACGAGAAUUCUCAACUAUCAAUAAAUGUGCUGCAACCUCAAAUGAAUGUAAUGACACCAGUGAAUACACAACAUCAACCAAUGAAUAUCUUCCCAUAUCCAAUGAGUGUUCCUGCUCCCAUUAUGAACAUUCAGCACAAUCCGUUUACUCUUCCUCCACCGGUCCCCAUGCAUCUUCAUACAGGAGUGCCUCUUGUCCAAGUAGCAGCUUCAGCUAAUGUGUCUCAGGGACCACCACCACCACCUCCUCCUCCUCCACCAUCCCAGCAGAUUAAUUAUGUUACUUCUCAACCAGAUGGAAAGCAGUUACAGGCUAUUCCCAGUACUUCCCAUGUUGCCAACAAUAUGAGUGCGACACUCUUGCCUGCUCCAGCAGCAACUCUGGGAAGUAUGGAACCAGUUCAGGGUCCAAGUUCUGGUAAUGCAACAUCGUCAAGUAACAUCAAAACUUCUAAUUCUGCUAUAAAAUUGGCUGAAAGCAAAGUAAGUGUAACAGUGGAAGCCAGCGCAGAUAGCUCGAAGAAAGACCAGAAAUUAUUAAUUCAGGAAAAAGCUGCACAGGAAGUGAAACUGGCUAUUAAGCCAUUCUAUCAAAAUAAAGACAUUACUAAAGAAGAAUAUAAAGAGAUUGUGAGAAAAGCAGUAGACAAAGUUUGUCAUAGCAAGAGUGGGGAAGUGAAUUCUGCGAAAGUGGCAAAUUUGGUAAAAGCUUAUGUGGACAAAUACAAACAUUCACGGAAGAAAAAUCCAGAAGAGGCUGUUUCCGUGGAAAGGAAAUAAGCGUAGACUGAAAAAUGCCAUCAAGAUGUCUGCAAAGUGCAAUUUUGACAUGGACUUAAAAAUAGUGGUUGAAAUCUGAUUUUGAUAAAAUUAUUUUUCAAUAUAGUAUAUAAUGUUUUGUUAUAAAUAAAUAUAGAUUAAUGCAACGUCUUUGUCCUUUUGCAAAAGGAUAUGUAAAGAGAAACUAAAUGGAACAAAGGAGAGUGCCCCUCAUUAGUAAUAUACAAUUAUGUUGAAUGCCACAUGUACAGCAUUUUGAUUCAGACAGUAGUGUAUAGACACAGAUGUUAGUCAGAUUACAGUGAUUUGCACAGAGAUGUACAGUAUGUGUAAAUCAGUCAGGGAAAAGAUUCAUGGCAGAUUUUUCUUUUGUCUUGCUGGCUCUUCUGCCCUCCACCCAUUUCAAUCCUAGCAAAAUUAAGCAUUUUGCCUCAAUUUACAGGCUCAGUGUGUGUAUUAAAGCACACUGUCUGAACAGAAGAACUCUUUGAACAACAGCAACAAAAUUCUACAUUCACAAAUUUUGUUACAUGGAUUCAUGAGCAUAGUUUUUCUAUUGGAAAACCAAAUAAAGGCUAUGUUGCUGCUGCUGCAUUUUUUUGUGGCUUUUGAGUUCUUGUUUUGACUUCAUAAACUCAGUUUAGUUUUAAAAGACAUGGUGCAGGCAACCAAAACAAGUGCUUAACUCUCAACUGAGUUUAGGAAACUGACGUUUGGAAUCUGAAAGCUGUUCUGUGCUUGGUUUUUCUGUCGGGGCAUUAAUUGCCUAACCUCUGUCUGGUGUUGUUCAGUACAGUAUGCCUUUGUUCUUUAUCUUAUGACACAUUGAGCAAAUUUCCCCCCUCGAUAUAAGGGAACGUCUCUGUAGGCAAUAGCCUUUGUAAUAUUACCUGUAAUGCAACAUUCUAAGUCUUAGUCCAGUGUAAGCAGUUGUCUGUAUUUGGCAUGUAAAAACAGAAUUUUCUGUAACAUGAUGAAGGCAGCAUCCCAUUAUAACCUAAAACUAGAAUUAUACAUGAGGCCAUGUCUUAUCCAAAAUCUUAUAUUUGAGUUAAUUGGAAGUAUUAUAUAGUGGAAGUAUUAUACCAUGGAUAACAGUGAAGCUAGUGAUAGCAAGUCAUUCAGCAUACUGGAGUUGUACUUGCGUUAUUUUGAUUGGACCUGUACUGAUUUUACCAGGGCAUGAAAAAUUUACCACUAGCUCCUUCUAUUAAAAUUAAAGAAGAAAUAAAGGGGCCUUGGUUUAGAUUCCUUUGAAACACUGUGCUAUUACAGUGAAUUUAAUUCUCUCAGUGUUUAAUUGCAGCAACUAGGAUGCAUAUCAUGUAUUUUACACAAUUUAGCUAGAUGUUAAACAGAUCAGAUCCAGGUGUUCUGGAUUGCUCUCUAUGGUGGCAGGAUCCACAAAGGCCCAAAGCUAAGGAUAAAUGAAAAUAAUAUGGAACACAUUACUAAAAAAAAUGGUUAAUUCACUUAAUUAUUUUGCAGGCAGUAAAUUGUUUGGCUAUGUUUUGUGCGUAACUAAAGAUAAUAUUUAUCUUGCAGAGUCUUUUUAGUGUGGAUGCUGAUUUUUUUUUCAAUAAAACACUGUUUUAGACUUCUGAAGAGAGUUUGUGUUAGACUAGUGGGUAUUCAAAUGAUCUUUCAACCUAUUUUGGCACUUCUUGAAAAUAAACUGUAGUAAAUUACAUUUGCCAAUUUUGUUUAAUUGCACCAUGUGUAUUUAUAUGUAGUGCAUUCCCUCAGUUGUUGAAGUCGGAUUUGUAGCAGAUGAGAUAGCUCUUUGUGUAAAGUGGCUUGGUGCAGAUAAACCAUUACCUGAUCUGCUUCUCUAGCUCAUCUGCUUUUCUCCACCUUCAUCAACUCUCACAUUUGAGAAUCUUCCUCUUUUUCACUUGCUAAUGAUGGCCAUUAUUCAUUUACCAGUUUGAACAUGAAUUACGAUUAGUUUUAAGCCAGAUUUUAAGUAUAGAUAAUGUAAAUCUGCACCAAGUUGUAAUAGUUAGUGCUGAAAAUGGAAAUGCAGGAUGUUUUCUGCACUGAACCAUAAAUGAGUCUUCACCAUAAUAUUUCUCUCAGGAGUGCUUUUCCCCUGAAUAAUCCUGUGGCAUGAAGGAUUAAUAUAUUCCUUCUAUGUACAAAGAAAAUGUGCUUACUAUUUUUGUUCCCAUGCUCUAUAAGUGUUGAAAUGGCAGAAUUUUACAGCUAAUUGUCAUUGUCUUUCCAGUGCUAAUGAAGGAUAUUGACUAAGUAGUCAGUCUUGGUUUUCAACCCAACAUAUAGCACCCUUGAAAGAGUGAGUUCAAGCACCCUUGAAAGAGUGAGCAUUGUCUUCAGCAUCCUGAUCACACGAAAUUCACUUAGGUCCUGUUGGUAGGCACUGUGUGUGCAGGUGGGUGCUAUUUGGUUUUACGUUAAAACCAUUGUGGGAUUAGAACCUGCAAGUAUAGCUCUGACCAGAAUGUUGGUGCUCUCAAUACUGAGGUUGGUUGCUUAUUGGAGACAUGCAGCUCUGCUUGACAUUUGUGUACAAUAAGUGGAAUGCCAGUCUUUUUUGCUGUGGAGGUCCCUGCUGUUGAGAAGCAUCUUUCUAUGAGAAUCUAUGUUUAAAAAAAAAUUACAUGAGGAAGCAUGUGUUGCAAUCCUAUGUAGACUUACAUGGUGGUAAGUCCCAUUGAAUUAUUUCAGUAGAACUUCUGGAGCAAAAAUGCAUAGAAUCUGUUUGUAAGAGCGAGUUCUGUAUUCCUGUAGCAAUUGACUGAAAUCUGGGUGAUCUUGUGGUGUCACUUUCCAUCAGUUUCAGUAAUACAGAGGCAAACCCAACUGAUCUAAAUCUCUGUGAGAAAAUUUCAUGAAUUGGGAAGUUCUUUAAAUUGUAUUUGGGGGUUGGAACAUUGGUGCACUUGGCACUCUUCCCAGUCUUUCUGUGUGCAUGUGGCUUAAUAUGUCAUAAUUUUAAAAAUACAAAAUCAUAAUAAUCAGGAGAACAGUGGCUAAUCUAACUCCGGGCUGUAGUGUCUGUAGCAUAAGGCUGGAAUAAAGUCUACUGAAACAAUAUUCUAAAGAGUUUUAUGUAGUUCAGAAUAUUUUCUAAUAAAUUUUUUUUGAUUAA